AUGGUGUGUUUGCUCUGCAGCCCGCCGCCAUUUUCCAUCUACCAUCAUUUUAUUCUUCUUGAUUCUAAUGAUGCUAAUGUCUACCAGACCGAUCCUCCUGACCGCUACAGGUGGCCAAACAUUUCAGCACGGCUGCAAAACCUCAGAAAUCUUCUCAGUUCCGAGCGCCACCUAGGCGCCAUCCAACAACGGGCCUUUGAGGCCAUUGAUCGAGAGAUGGACCAGAUGGCAGCAGACCGAUCGGUUGCUCGAGAACGAAGAAGAAGAGGGGAUUCUGAGACACAUACGCAAGCUCGAGAUGCACAGCCGGCAUCAGACAUCCCCCCGCAGUCUAGUUCGUCUGCCAGCCUUAUCCGCAGCAGAAGGAGGGCUUUCCGACCUAGUGAGCGACUCCAGCGAUAUCAAAGGGAAAGACUUGGGCAAAGUGGCAGAGAAACUACGUCCGACUUACUCGUCUCUCCUUCAGAUUUAUCUCCUGCAUCACCUGCUCAAUCCAUCCGAGGAGAGCGUUUGAGGUCCAAGCGGAGAAAGUUGGAUGAUGGUUCUUACGAGGAGGAGCCUCAGACCUUUAGCUACGGCCACAAGGGUCAAGUGGUAUCUGGUCAACUUCGAAUGGAGAUUGCCAGUUGCGAUGGCGGGGAGUACGCUCACCCGCAUGGCCCCGUCUUUAACUUUCCCCAGAAUGUCCUCCAGGACGACUACAGGGUUUACUGCACUAAAGCCAACAACUGUAAUCUGUUGUUAAAGCAUGUCGGUGGAAUGCCGUUCACUUUGACUCAGAUAGUCAUCAAGGCCCCUAGAGUCGGUUACGAUGCACCCAUUCAAGAAGGGAUGGUUUUCGUUGCGAUGGAGGAUAGAAAGCUUCUUGACAACACUUCGCAGUAUGACGUACGGUGGUCUCCCAAGAGUCAUCGUCGUCGAAGGCAUCAGGCAGAUGGUUUCCGUCCUUCUGAAGAAUACUUGCGUCCGACGAGGUCCCCCCAGAGGUCUGUUGAUCGGUCAAGGUUUCUGACAGACCCAACGUAUGCGGAGGAGGGCGAGGACCGAGAUGUUUCUCUUGUUUCUGGAUUCACUGUCUCAGUUGUGGACCCUUCUGAUGAGGAGGAUGCAAGGGAAAGUCCACCUUCGCCUCGGCCGUGGCACGAUGAUGACUACUCGCUCAGAUCGUACGUUGACCGCUACCAACCCGACUAUCUGGGAAGUGAGCGACAUGACGAUCUCUGGUCGAGUUCAAGCGACUCUGAGGGCUACGAAGCCGAGGCAAUACCUCCUCAAGAAACGGAAGGUGUCCGACGACAGCGAUCCCUCGAGAUCGAAAACGUCAUGGCGCGUCGUAAUCGUCUAGUGGAUUUGAUGCAUGCGCAGCAAAUACGGGAUAACGAUGAGGUUUUCGGGCGCCGUGGACAUGAAGGCGCACACGAUGGGGAAGAAGGGCCGCACAACCAUCGUUCAGCCCCCAGCAGGACCGGACUGCGGACGUUUGCUCCAGCUGUCGGAGCGCCUGACCCAGCUGAUCCUUUGGAGGAACAUGGAAACACAUUGGCCGGAUUGGGCUCCAAGAACAACCCUGGGGGCUUUGCUGGGAGUCCCUCCUCCAGGCCUGAUGUUGUGCUGCCACAUGCUCGGUUUUCCAUAAGCCGCAGCAAAGCUAGCACCUCCAUCAAGUUUGACCCUCCGGUCUCGGGUCGGUACAUUCUGGUCAAACUUUGGGCACACCAUCCUAAUGCGAAUAUCGACGUCCAGGCCAUUCUUGCAUAUGGAUAUGGAGGCCCCCGUUUUUUCCCAAGCAUGGAAUUUCGUUGA